AUGUCAAUGGUUAAAAGAAUUAAAGAAGCUCAGUCCUACCUCGGUGAUAUGCCUUGUAACAUCCUGAUAGUCGCACUAUGGAAAGAAUGGCUGGCGGUACACCGUCAAGCAUUCCUACUUGGCAACGGUCUAGUUGUUCCAGAUAACAAGAAAGAUGCAGCUCGCAGCUCGCAGGGCAAGAGGGCGUUGCCAGUUGUCUUGGCUUCGUCUCGAACAAGAAGGUAUGAAGCUCUCGACGCCAACAACAAAUAUUCCAAGGCCAGUGAAGUCCGGGGAAUGUCUCCACUUGGGAAUAGUGUCGCCAAGAGAGCACAGUCAAGACAGCCUUCUUUGGAAGAAGCAUAUCGCCACACGGAAUAA